AUGGACGCCAACCUUCAGACCCACCAUGGCACCGGCAAGGCAAGCCCUUCGAAGCCUCGCGGCAAAGCUCGUGCUCGCUCCAAGAGCCUCGCUGAGCUGCCAGCCGAGAUUCCUCCUCCACCACCUCCUUCGGCUCCUCCCACUGUGUUACGCAAGAUCCCUCGCCCGCCAAACGCUUUCAUUCUCUAUCGAUCCCACAAGAUGCGCGAGCUCAAAGGCCAGAAGAACAAUUCGGCUGCGACAGAUACUGGUCUCGACAAGCUCGAUCACCAGCGCCGUCUGAGCAAAGUUAUUGGCGAGCUGUGGCGCAACGAGGCAGCCGACGUCAAGGCCACCUUCUACGAAAAGGCGCAUCAAGCAGCAAGAGAACACGCAGAGAGAUACCCCGAGUACCGCUUCAAGCCUGCGAACGUCAAAAAGUGCCUAAGCCAGGAUGUCGGGCCUUCGACCGCGGAUCACACACCCGAGAAGCGAGAGAACACCGACUUUUCGCCCGGCGACAUCAGCGGUCCCUUGUCGGGCUCUGGCUCUGGAAGUGGCCGGAAGAGAGCUUCGCUCGAUGGAGCGCGGUCUAAAGCGUCUCCCUACUCGACUACUCGCCAUCGCCGCGCAUCAUCAACAGCUCCAGUCUCUCCCACUGCGCAUCACGCUCAUCGAAUGUCUCAAGAUCAUGCGCCGGUCCUCCUCUACACGCCGGACGAUCCACAGGCCAGUUUCCUCUCAGAGUCUUUAUCCUAUGGCCCCACGGGUCAGAUCCCGACUUCUUCGAUGCGCACUGCAACCUCGCCUGCGCGUAGGUCGCUCGAUGGACACUUGGCAUAUGCCGCCUCGACGCACAACUCGUUCGACACGCUCGUUCCACAGCAUCUCCGUGCACCGCAAGUCUUUCUCGCUCCUCUUCCAGCACCGCCGAUUCCCAUCGGUCAGGCCAUUACCACCGACGAGCCAGCCACUCCAACCGGACCGGGCUACACCAAGCCGAAGUGCAGCCUCUUCGAAGCGGUCAAGGGCGCGCUGCCGCCCGAGAGACGCGCGUUCCUGCAAGCCUCACUGGUCAUGAGGGGUCUCGCACCCGUGCUGGACCCGGAGCUUCCCUCUUCAUUGAUCAAGGAAGACCUCGCAUCCGAUCAUCCGUCAUCAAGUCAACCUGCUUUGAAGCUCGAGCAGCCUGAUCUCUGGAGCUCGACAGCCAGCUCGACAUACGAGCCGUACACCCAGGACCCUGCAAGCGGCAUUUCCAGUCAGACCUCCUACACGACCGCCCCUUCCAGCUCGCAGAAGAGCAACGUCUCCUCCGACCAAAACCCAACACAUCAAGCAACCCAUGAAACUCAGACGUAUCCAGAUCAAUACCCCACACAUCAUCAAGAUCAGACAUAUCCAGACCAGUACCCGUCACAUCAAGCUCAGACGUACCCCGACCUCUACCCCAUAUACCAAGGUCAGCCGUGCCCGGAGCAGCCCGGACACAGCGUCAACCUGCACAUGGGCCCAGCCGUUGCUCAGGCUUAUGGGGGACUUGGUGACUGGGUCCCGCCUGAACCUUGCUGGCUCGACUACGCCCAGCCUCAACACGCGACUGCGGCAGGCUACGACGCUGCAUACGCUCAGCCUGGUAAUUCUUUCUCCGCCAUCGAUUCCUCGACGAGCUACACAGACGCUCCGCCGGCACCGUACUACGAUAUCAACGCGUCCAAUUCGGCCUUUGUAGCGCUUUCUGACCCCAAUGAAGCAGGUCAGGUGCAGGGUAACGUGUAUGAUUUCGACGGUCAGCUGGUCGGCCAGGGCGCGAUCAGCGGACAGGGUGGGGAGGUCGAUGAGGAGACGCGACAGAGACGUGCGCUCGACCAGCUGCUGAUGCAGAUGAUGCAUCCCUUGCAGCCCGGCAUCCAGGGUGAAUGUGGCUCACACACACACGAUGGCACCGCGUUGCUUCCGCUCUCAGCGCCGAUAGCGUCUGGCUCACAGACACACGCCGAGGCGGACGAUCCCAACAUCGACCCUACUCAAGAGCCACUGUCUCAGCCAGCACCGUCCACAAUCGCUCCCAUCGAGCCGGUACAACCCCCCUCGCAACCAACAACCACCCAAGCGGGCCUACACCAAACACUCCGCAGCUGGAAAGCCAACCAGCUCAGCUCGCUCAAGGCCAAAGUGGCUCGUGUCACGCACCGCACCUCGCCUUCCACCUCCGGUCCGCCGUCCUAG